GCUUGGAAGUAUAUGUGAAUUGGUGUUUUUAAUGUGAAGGAAAAGGGGUGUAUUUAUAGUAAAAUGGAGGUGGCAGGGUGCUAUACUGGUCGAGUAUAUGGGAUACUCGAUCGAGUACAAAAAGUAGUUUCCAGGAAACUGCGAAAUAUAGGCAUACUCGACCGAGUAUUGAGUGAUACUCGGUCGAGUAUGAGACCGGAUUUCCAUCAAAUAUUCAGCCAUGUUCUUUUGCUCCCAGAUUUGAUUUUGACCAGCGUAUUCGGUCAAUAUUCGAUCGAGUAUUGGCAAUACUCGACCGAGUACUGAACGAAUUUCAAAAUCUUCAUUUGAUCUUCUCCCUUUUGCACAUUCUUUGGUCUUUAGAAUCCAUCCUUUGAUUCUUGGGAUGAUUUUGACCUGUCCUAAGUUCAGAAUAAUCCUAAUCUAAAUAUAUUACAAAUAAUUAUGAAAAUAAAGUAUUACACCAAAAGUGUGAAAUUUCCACAACUAGAACUAAUAAAAACUAGCUAAAAUACAUACAAUCGGAAAUUACAUGAAUAUCAACUCCCCCACACUUAGCUUCUUUACUCGUCCUCGAGUAAAGUCAAAUGUUUAACAGUUCCAAGUCCUCAAAAGUUCAACGAUCAACCAGAAAGAGCAAAAGACCAUCAAGGAUAACAUAUGAGUGUUACAUUGAGUGUUUAGCUCAAAGAACAAUAUCUUCUUGGGUUUCAUGGCCUUCUAUGCUCAUCUCCUCUUUUCAUCUUCUAGCAUAUCUUUUAUUUUUCCACCUUUCCACUCACUCAUCAUUUUUUUUGUAGGCCCUUUUUGCUUAGAUUGCCCAUUUUUUGGGUUUUCAACCUGACUAGCAUUUCAUUUCUUGUUUUGUGUACAAAGAGUACAAGAAAGUAAUGAUUAGUACAAGGUAAAAACAAAAGGGAAUUGAACAUACCAAAUGAUGAGUCUUCCUCCCCAACACUUAGAUCAAGGCACUAUCCCUAGUGCCCGCCUUCACCGCCAUAAUAGCCUUUUUGGGGCUUGAAAUUCGGACUUGGGGUUUGGGGGUAGAGUUUUGGUUCUUUGUGAAAAUGGGGUGGAGAGUUGGAUUGGGGGGUAUGAGGUUGUAGAGGUUGUAGAGGAGAGUGAUGGGAAUGUUUUGGUGGUGGUAUGAGGGAAUUUGGUUGAGUACUAGUGGAGAUAUGGAAGAUGGAAGGUUCGAAAAUGGAGAUUUUUAGAGAGAGAGUGCGAAUCCAACAAAUGGAGGUUUGGAAUUCUUUUAUUAAUGCCAGAUAUCAAAGAGAUGCAGGGAUCACACCUAAAGUAACUGAUUCUCCAAUUUGAAAGAGAAUAUGCUCAGCUAAUCAUAUUGGUCUUUCAAUUUGUUUUUCAAAUUCAGAAGGUGACACUAUCUGGGAUUUGGAAGAGAAUGGUUUAUUCAGUUUCCAAUCUGCUUAUAACUUUGUAAGAGAGGGGUCUGGGAGUAUGUUCUCUUACAAACAUGUUUGGCAUCCCAAACAACAACUGAAAGUGAAGAUUUUUCUUUAGAAACUUCUAAAUGGCAAUCUUCCUAUUACUAAUAAUUUGCAGAGAAUUCAGAGGGUAAUAAACCCCUCAAUUUGUCCUUUGUGUCGAAGUCAGGAAGAUUCUGAUGACCAUCUUUUUUAUCAUUGCAUUUUUCUUAUCCUAUUUGGAGCUACUUUAUGGGAGUUUUGAAUAUUCCGGUACCUAUUGCUGCUACUUCUAUAAGGAGUGUUCUAAUUGCUUGGUGGCUUAAGGCUGGUAGCAAGAAACUUGAAGAUGUUUUCAAACACAAUCUUCCCAGAAUUAUUUCUUGGAAUAUUUGGAAAGUGUAUACUAGUAUUUUGUGGGAUGAGAAGGAAAAACCACCUAUUGCUUGUCAAAUGAUUCAAAAAAUCAAAUGUUAUACUCAACAAUGGGCUUUAUCUCUAUCUAAUCUGAAGUUGAUUUCUAUAGGGGAUAUUUUGUUUGAAGAGAACCUAAUUCCCAGAAAUUUCAAGUUAACAGGGAUGAGAUUUCAACUGAUAAAAUGGUUUAAACCUAAAGCUGGUUUCAAACUGAAUACGGAUGCAGCGUUCUCACCUGGACAGAUUGUUGGAGGUGCGAUUAUGAGAGAUAGCCAAGGCAAGAUGUGUUUUGCUCUUCGUUUUCCCCUGAACGCUUCUUCUCUUC